AAUGGUUUGUUACUAUUCAGGAAAUCCCUCCUCCAUGAAACCGAAAGAGACUCGCUCUCUUGUUGGCGGUACUUCCUUCCCUGGGUUAUAUGUUAAACGUGCUGUUGCCUUGUGCGAGCAGCUAGCUAGGUCAAUACGGGAAAGGGGGGGAGCGUGGAAAAGUUUCAGAUUUUAAGAUGUCCCACUCAUCAUCACGUGGCUCCUCGCGCAACACUGACUGCAAGGUCUAUGUGGGUGACUUAGGCAACGGGGCUGCUAAGGGGGAGUUGGAGCGGGUGUUCAGCUACUAUGGACCUCUGCGCAGCGUCUGGGUGGCCAGGAACCCUCCUGGCUUUGCCUUCGUCGAGUACGAAGAUCCCAGAGAUGCUGAGGAUGCGACGAAGGGCAUGGAUGGCAAGGUGCUCUGUGGUUCUCGCAUAAGAGUGGAGUUGUCAACUGGCAUGUCUCGCAAGUCACGCUACGGCCGUCCCAGUCGUCGGCACUUCGACCCCAACGACCGCUGCUACCAAUGUGGCGAGAGUGGCCAUUAUGCAUAUGACUGCUCUCGCUUCAGCAAGAGGGGAGGAGGCCGUCGCCGCAGCAGGUCCCGCUCACGAUCUCGCUCAAGGUCCAGGGGAAGGCGUUACCGCUCACGCAGCCGAAGCAACGACCGUGACCGGCGUAAUAGAUCCCCAUCAUACUCAAAGCGCAGAAGCAGAUCUGGGUCCCCCGCACGUUCCAGGUCCAGACGUCCAGUGUGCAGAUCCAGGACCCCAGUCCGUCGGUCCAGGACUCCAGUGCGCAGAUCAGUAAGUCGCUCCCGUUCUCGCUCCCAUUCCCGGUCAGUGUCCCGCCCCAGGGCGCGGAGCGUCUCCAGAUCUCGCUCCAGGUCCCGCUCGGCCACCACCAAGAAGAGGAGCCGAUCCAGGUCUCCCAGCCAGAGGAAAAGCCCCAUACCUGAUGCUGACUGACCAUGGGGGUGAAACUGCUCCAUGCCCUGCUGUUCCCCUAUCCCCAUUUGCCUCAGGGCUUGAAGCCAUUUAACCCCUUUGUAUUUUGAUUUCUUUCUCCUGUCAUUUAGUUUAUUUAUCUCUUGGUGUUCAUCCUCUGGCUUUGGAAUUAUUAUUUCAUCUGUAUGUACAACAAAUUCCUGAACUGUACAUUUCAAUGGCUCUUUUUACAGUGGUGAUGUUUUUAGCUUUCUGUGCAUUUUGAAUUUGUUAGCCUUUGGCCAGUGUUAAUGGCAAUUUUCUUUCCUUUUCUGACAUAUUUGGCAAUAUAUCAGCUCCAGUCGAGUGCAUUGAAGUGUACUCAUAGCUGUACUAAAAGCAGAAUGAUUUAGGGUUUUAUUUCAUUUAAUGUAAAUGGCGGUAUCUUUUUAAUAAAAUGAAUCUUUACACUA